AUGAUGCAACAAAGAAUCCCAGCUGAAGCCAUCGCUUCUAGCACCAACUUUGGUGCUGACGAGGAAACGUUGGAUCUCUUGCCAGAGAAAUUUGUUCCUGGAAAGUGGGAUGUCAUCUGCCAACGAGGAAAAGAGUGCUAUGAUCACGUUGGCAACCGUCGGUUUCGAAUGAUCAUUGAUGGCCACCUUGGUACCUACAUGGAAGUUUUGAGCAGGAGACAAAAGACAAGAAUUGUUUCCACUAUUGUAAAGAAUAUUCGAGUGGCAGCAGAAGAAUCCGGAGGAGGAUUUGUCAGAAAAGAUUUGCUAACAAGACGCUGGUACAAGGUCAGCGACAAGCUUGCUCGCGAAAAGGUUGGCCAAGCACUUCGCGAUGCAAUCAAAACAAAGAAAUCCGCUGGAAGCCAAAGCAAGGCUGCCAAAAGGAACUCUAAAAAGAAUCUUUCCACACAAGGUUUGACAAAUAUGAUUGAUGAACAAAGCAUCCAAUUUCCCAUCUCCACAUCGCAAUUCCAAGGAGUCAUGACCAUGAACGCGCCGGCUACACCAACCAAAGCACUCGACAUUCCCACACCAUGUGCCGUGCCAUCCAAUGGCCCCCAAUACCACGGAGAAAACCAAAUGGUUGCAGACUUGGAGCCUACCCCACUCAGAGGACACUCUAUGUCUAUGCCUAUGCCUAUGCCUAUUCCUGGACUAUUUGAUCGCAGUUGCAUGGCUCACCAGAGAAGUGAAACAUCUGCGUCGACUCUUCUUCGCCUUUUCGCAAAUGAGAAAAGCUCAGGAUCCGACGAUGUAUUGGCAGCAAAGAAUGCUGUGGAAGCAGCAGCCGUUCAUGCCGCUGCAUCUGCUGCUGCCUCUCAAUCGAGACGACUAUCAUUGAGCCAGAUGACCUUCCAUCCAAUUGCGGACACAUCCCUGACUUCUCUCAGGAAUGACUUCACAUUCUUUUGA